AUGGCCGAAGAACAGCUCAUCGAUAACAGCAAUCAUGAGGUUCAUGAUCAGCCUACUGAAGCAGGACCCAAAAAAUUUAGAAGCCAAUUUGCCAUGGAUUUCGAAAACCUGGACGAGGAAUUAUCCAAAGUGCCUCUCUUUAUGACAGAUUUGCCCGCAGAAGAAAAUGACACUUUGGCAGCACUCCAAUCACUUGUAUUUGACGGCACACCUGAAGAGGUGGCACAAAACUUUAGGGAGCAAGGCAACGACUGUUUCCGUGCUGGUAAAGCAAAGUACCCUGACGCCAUUGCCUUUUACACCAAGGCUAUUGAAACAGAAUGCAAAGACAACAGCAUCAUUGAAGCAUGCUUGGCCAACAGAGCAGCAUGUAAUCUGGAAUUGAAGAACUACGGUCGUGUGUUGACAGAUUGCAGUAAAUGUUUAAAAAUCAACCCCAAGAACAUCAAAGCAUGGUACAGAUCUGCCAAGGCGCUCUUUGCCCUCGACAAACUCGUAGAGACCAUCGACUGUUGUGACCAUGCAUUGCAAGUAGACGCUGACAACAAGCCUAUCCAAGAUAUCCGUCAACAAGCCUUGAAGCGUAAAACCGUGAUUGACGAAAAAAUUAGACAAAAAGAGGAGAGAGAGGAACGUGAGCGUAAUAAGAAGCAGGUAUUGGAAAAUGCAUUCAAGGAGCGCAACAUUAAAAUUCAAGUCGAGGAUAAAGAGGUGAGAGAAAAGGCCAAUAUUGAAUACGACCACGAAACACAGACCAUCAACUGGCCAGUGUUCUUCUUGUACCCGGAAUACAAGGAAAGCGACUACAUUCAAUCAUUCAACGAAACAAAUACAUUCCAAGAUCAUUUAGAAAUCAUGUUUGAACAGCCGGCACCUUGGGAUACGAACCAUCAAUACACGUUAGACAACAUGGAGAUUUAUUUCGAGGAUACUCGCGGAUUGAACCCUAAACUCAUCAAGAUUGGAAAGAAGUUGUCUCUUGGCAAAGUAUUGUCGCUUGAUCAAUACAUUAUCAAGAAUGGUGUGCCCUCCUUCAUUGUCCUAGCUAAAAAUUCACCAUUCAAGCAAGAAUAUAUCGACAAGUUUAAGAAAUAA